AUGGUGUCUUUCAAAGCAUCCAUGUUUAGUGGCGCUGGUAUGGCUGGGGAUACACAGGUCAUUGCGGCAGCACGCGAAAUGUUUUCUCAGCGGAUAGGCGGCGACGAAGAGGCGAUCCAUCCUUCGCUGAGAUUGGAAGUCUUUGGUAUAGUCGCCGAACAUGGAAGCAGACAAGAGCUAGAAAAGCUCCUAGAUGUUUGGAGAUCAUCCCCUAGCGACAUUGAGCGGUACCAAGCUCUUCAGUGUCUCGGCCAUGCCAGCACGGUGGAGCUGAUAACAUGGGUUCUCAAACUUGCUCUUACGAGAGAUGUCAAAGACCAGGACCUCAUGGCCUCCUCGGCCCAUGGAGCUGUACAGCUCUGGAACUGGAUGAAAGUCAACUGGGGUCGCGUGGAGACCUCUGUUCCGGUGGAUCUUCGAUGCGUGAUACUUGGAGUUGUUCUCGACGGCCUCAGUACUGAGGAGCACAUAGCCGAUGUUAGGGCUUAUUUCAAGGCUCGGGACUCGGAAGCAUACCAUCAGGUUCUGGAGCAGAGGUUGGAGCGGAUGGAGGUCAGAAGAAGCUGGGCUGAACGCGAUGCUGAAGAUGUCAAGGCCUGGCUUGAAAGUCACGGUUACUUGCAUAACAGCGAGCAGGAUGGAGAAGAACCGAGGACCAUCGAGUUCUCCAAAGAGGAUGACGGUAACCCGAGAGCUUGGCCACGCUCUAAGAAGCUUACAAACAUCGCAGUUGUUGCGAUGAUGGCGAUUCUGAGUCCCCUCGCCAGCUCUAUGUUCACCCCGGGUAUCAACUCCAUAGCUGAGGAUCUGGGAACCACAAUGAACGUCGUCAUAGGUGCCACAACUGGUUUCACAGUGAUGCUCGGAUUCGGACCUCUCAUCCUCGCACCAUUAUCCGAGACGUUUGGCAGGAGGAAACUUUAUCUAUCAUGCUUCUCAGUGUUCACGUUGCUGCAGAUUCCCACCGCAUUAAGUCCCAAUGUGGAGACCUUGAUCGCGAUGAGAGUGCUUUCUGGUGCAGUGGGAAGUGUGGGAAUAGCAAACGGCGGUGGGACCAUUAGUGACAUGUUCGAGCCUCACGAGAGGGCGGGCGUGUACGGAUGGUAUCUACUUGGUCCGCUCCUGGGACCAACAAUAGGACCUCUCUUCGGUGGUCUCAUCGUCCAGAGACUCGGUUGGCGGUGGAUUUUCUGGACAUUGGCCAUUGUCUGCGGCAUCAAUACUAUGGCCGGGUUCCUAUUCCUAAGAGAGACCUAUGCACCUGUCAUCCUCGAGGCACGCAUGCGAGACCUCGAGAACGAUGGAGGGCGUCCGGGCCGAUACCGCUUCGCUGGGCAAGAUACACGCCCUCUUUCCUCCAGGCUUGCUACUGCCUUCUCAAGGCCAUUCCGGAUUUUCAUUCAGCCCAUCGUCCUGACGCUGAGUCUCUAUCAGGCUCUAAUUUUUGGUACCACAUACAGUCUCUACACAAACUUUGAAGCCAUCUACAGCGGCAUAUACGGGUUCAACACGGAACAAGUCGGCCUGCUGUAUCUCUUCCCCGGUGUUGGCUUUCUCAUCGCAGUCCGCCUCAUCGUGCCACGUAUCGACGAUGUGUACAUCGCACUGACUCGCAGAAACAACGAUAUAUCGAAGCCAGAAUUCAGACUCCCGCUGGCAAACAUCGGCGCCAUUCUCGUGCCCGCGUCCCUAUUCUGGUUUGCGUGGACGGUCGAAUUCGAGGCGCCAUGGCUGGCGACCAUUACCAGCACCCUAUUCUACGGAGUUGGACAGGUUUUGAUCGUUUCUUGUGUCCAGAAUUACUACAUAGAUUCUUUUGAGAAGUACGCCGCGUCAGCUAUCGCUGCUGGAGCAGUCUUCCGGUCUGUGGUCGGAGGGAUCACGCCACUGCUGGCACCAUCGAUAUUUGACGCUCUAGGAUAUGGCUGGGGAGUAUCGGUGUUUGCGUUUCUGGCUGUCGCGCUCGCGCCGGCACCUGUGGUAUUUUACACGUUUGGAGAGAGAAUCAGGCAGAAGUAUCAUGUCGAGCUCGAUCGUUAG